CGAAAAACAAAAUAAAGAAGGACCAUUUGCGCCGAUUGGCCACGAAAGUUUAGACCGGAUUCAUUUAGGACGUGGAGUGUGGAUCUCCAAGGAUGCAUAUGUACUAGCAGGUUAUAAUGUGAAGAUAUCGACGAAGCAAAAAUUCGUCCGAAAUAUUUUGGUUGCAGUCUUCGGUUACGAUGUACUAGCUGCAAGUACAAUAACAGGACGUGGUAGUAAUAGAAAUCGGGAGACCAAAAAACCAGAAGGAGCUUUAGAUCCUAAUAAAUUACGUGCAGUUAAAGAAAUGUACCGUUACUUUUUGAUUAGAGAAUUGAAAAUGACUCCACUUCAAGCUGAAGACGAAGCUGACAAAACAAACAGAUACGUAACUAAGAAAAUCGCUCAACUGAAAGAAAUAUAUGACAAACCGCAGAAAAAAAUUAGGCACCCUUUAGGCAAUGCUGCCGAUCGUAAUGAAGUUGAGGAAACGGAAACCUUUGGGGAGACGGAAACAUUGGAGGAGAUGGAGACACUGGAGGAAACGGAAACAUUUGAGGAGACGGAGACGCUGGAGGAGACAGAAGCAGUUGAGGAGACCGGGACCGUGGAGGAGACCGAGGCUCUUCAAGAAAUAUUAAUCCUUGAAGAGACGAACACACUAGAGGAGAUAAAUAAUAUCAACGAGAUGGAAGAAGACAUACUUACAGAAAUAUGUUAG